UCCGUCAGGGCGCGUGCCGCGCUCCAGGCGUUGGAUUGGGCAGUUAAGGAUUUAAAAAAAAAACAACGGCUGUACGUGCUGGCGCGGCCUCUGGUGAGCGACGGCGAGGUUGCCGAGUGUGCGCGUGCGCACGGCGGAGCGCUGCUCGCUCCCGGGGGCGGCCCCGAGCAUGGACGCGCAGAGCGGCCGCGGCCUCCGCCCCAAGGAAGGCGAAGGCAGCGGGGUUUAAAGUGGUCGUCCGCACGUGAGGGGACAGCCUCUGCUCCAUGCCGGCAGCUCUUUGGUCUGCCCUGGUGAAACUUGACAGUUGUGCAGAAAGAUGGCUGCUAGCAAGACGAAAAACCAGAGCUCUUUGGCCCUCCACAAAGUAAUCAUGGUUGGUAGUGGUGGUGUGGGCAAGUCGGCCCUUACGCUUCAAUUUAUGUAUGAUGAGUUUGUUGAAGACUAUGAACCUACAAAGGCUGAUAGUUACAGAAAGAAAGUAGUUCUGGAUGGUGAAGAAGUCCAGAUAGAUAUUUUGGAUACAGCAGGACAAGAAGAUUACGCAGCUAUUCGAGACAACUACUUUCGUAGUGGAGAAGGUUUUCUUCUAGUUUUUUCCAUUACUGAGCAUGAAUCCUUUACAGCAACAGCAGAGUUUAGGGAACAGAUCUUACGUGUGAAAGCUGAAGAGGACAAAAUACCUUUGCUUGUGGUGGGAAACAAAUCUGAUUUGGAAGACCGCCGACAAGUGCCUGUAGAAGCAGCCAGAAGUAAAGCAGAGGAGUGGAGUGUACAAUAUGUAGAGACAUCCGCAAAAACCAGAGCAAACGUAGAUAAGGUAUUCUUUGAUCUAAUGAGAGAGAUUAGAGCCAAGAAGAUGUCAGAAAACAAAGACAAGAAUGGCAAGAAAAGCAGCAAGAGCAAGAAGAGUUUUAAAGAGAGAUGUUGCUUGUUGUGAUCUUCAGUAGCCAAACUUGUAGGCUAUGGAAUUAAUGAGACAUCUUACCUCUGAAUGUAUAGAGGAUUGGAUUUAUGAAAGGAAAUCUGGAUCUCAUAGGUUUUCCCACUCACAUAAUAGCCUUUUUGGAAAAACAAAACUUGGUUAAAAAUUGUUUGGAAGUCAGCAAACCUCGGUACUGAAAUCGAUGAUUCAUGAAAACAACUGUUGAUGCUAAAAAUAUUGCCAGCAAAUAUUUCUCUGACCAUUUGGUUCUGAUAUGGUUACUCUGAAAUUUUCUCUUGAUUCCCCCCCCUCCCCCCCAAUGAUGCUCACUCAACAGAGACUCCUGUCAGGCAUAUUUAAAGUGGUUAGUUCUCAUUCAAGGUCAACCAAAGUUUCCCACUAUUCUUACGUGGCUUCACAUUGGUGCUCCUAGGAAGGCAUAGUCCAUUGUUUUAAAGAAAGGAAGUUAGACAUGCUGAAAUCUUCCUGGUCUUUGAAAUUUGCACACAACUUUAUCAAGUAUGCUAUGAUUCUGUCAGAUCCACUCCUUUACCAAUGUAUUGGAUGGACAUUAAGGAUUUAGUCCUUUGGAAAGAAAGGUCCAGCAGUGCAUCAGUAAUGUCUGUCAUUGUUCCAGUAUUCCUGAAUUGAGUCUAUAUUUACAGAACGUUAACAGUUCUAAUCUAAGAAGUUGCAUAUUUGUUGUUUUGUUUCCUUCUUUUAAUUCUAAUAUUUUAUUGGGGUUGAAUGGAAAUUUAACGAGAUGCCAUCUUUUUUUUUUUAGGUGGAGUUAUCUAGUUUGCCCCAUGAACAGCUCCAUCUAUGCCUGCCAAUACUAGUCCCUCCUUCAAACCUGCUAGUUCUCUGUGGCAUUACAGUGUUCUAAUGAUCAUAUUACUUUUCCUUU